AAUUUUCUCUGCUACUAGGCCCUAAAGUGAUUCCUAAAGCGAGAAAUUUUCCAGAGUUUUCAUCGAGAUGUUGGAGGGAAGAGCAGUGGUGCGAGAAACCGACAUGCCAGAGGAAACGCAAGCCCAUGUAAUGGAGUUAGCGUACAAGUCCCUUGAUCUGUAUGAAUCCUCCGAUUGUCAAUCCAUCGCUCAUCAUAUCAAACAGAGCUUUGAUGAAGCUUAUGGGCCUUCUUGGCACUGCGUGGUGGGCAAGGACUUCGGUUCGUGCAUCACUCAUUUGCGUGGGAGCUUCAUUUUCUUCCAUGUGGACAUGAUGGCGUUUCUCAUCUUCAAGGACGGGAAGGACUUCUCCGAGAGCAAGGAGGAGGCGAUCGGAGUGCGGCGCAAAAACGGCUUUGAUGCCUGAAGUAUAAAGAUAAUCUUACAAAUGCAAGAAGUGUUAGCAAACCUAUAUACACUACAGACUUCUUAAAGUUCUCGUGUUUUAUUUUAAUCUACAGAAAAAAUCAAGCGGAAUAAUUAAGAAGCGUCAGGAAAGUAGUACCGGUAGAGGAAGGUUGGCAUUGUCAGUGAGGAAGAGAGAAUCUGCAGCCCAAGGACUAGAAAUGGUUUCGGGUCAAUGGGAUUUCUAAACCUCAGGAUGCAGAUUAUCCGAUCCUCACCCAAAUAUGAUCAGCAAAAUAUCAAACUUUGGCAGGAAACAAGGGACUUGUGUAUGUAUUUCUCUAGCUAGAGAGUGAUCAUGGAGGAUAAAGCAAAGAGUUAGAUGUGUUCGAAAUUAUA